UCGUGUCCGCCGCACACCUGGGAUUUUAUCAGACCUUGCGUACGCUAUACAUGCUUACGACUCUUCGAAUACUAAUCAAUUGUGUGUGUUCAGUUCGUGUCUCUUAUCAUUUCACGGAGGUGUUUUUCGUUGCUUCUUUGAUUGGGUACGUUGUUUUCUUUUCUUUGCUCGCGUCCUGUUGGAUGCUUCGGCCUUCGUGCCUUCGGCUUUAAUGCCUUCGGCCCUCGUGCCUUCGCGCUUACUUGCGCUUCGGCCUGUGCCUGCGUUCAUGUUAGCGCUU